UCCUCGACAAGAUGGUGGUGGUUUGACUCUUUUGUUGUUUAAGUUUUAGCGAGACAAAUACUUUAGCCGAGUACGUUAUAAUUGCGUAGAUUUAAAGCAUUUUUCUGAAACUUAAAUUGUUAGCCACUAUAGUGUCUAGUAUACCGAUGCACAGACCGAAUUUCCGACAUCCCGCUCCACCGGGCGGAAUGGGCCCGAGGCCGGGGGGUUUCCGUAGCCCCACGCCGGGAUAUGAUAACGUAGGAGCAGGCAGGUUUCCUCCGCCCGUUUGGGCUUAUCCUAAUGCUCCCCCGUCUUUCGGACCGAUGCGCGGGCAGUAUUGUGGUUCGCCAAAUACUCCGCCUCGAGAUUUUUAUGGUAAUAACGGCAGCGUUAACAACAGUGGUGGCGGAAGCGGCGGAAAAGGGCGUUUUUACCACAGUCCGUCUCCCGGUCACACGCCACGGAGACCGAACUCCAGUCCUAGACAAACUCCGCCUUACAAACAAUCCCCAUACCAUUCACAGAGUCCUGGACAACAUAUGAGCUAUCAGGGUUCGCCACGGACUUCCACCCCGUUUGGGUCGACGCAUGGCAGGGAGAGGGUGACAAAUGUGGAAAAGUAUUACAGCCCAUCAAUGCUUCAGGACCCCUGGGCUAGCCUUCAGCCCGUGCCUGUCUCAGGCGCACAGAAGUGCAAUGCAGAGCGCCUGACAGACACGGGCAGGAAAGGCAGAUAUUUCAACUAGAGGUAUAGCUAUAUACACACACCUCCAGGUGUGGCACCAUACAUAGGCCAAGCAACAUCCCUUGUGAGGUAUGCGUCAAACUGUUUGAGCAUUUGAGUGUUUGCCAAAGGGAGUACAGUGGAGGGAUUGUGUUGGCUACCUUACCUUUGUAUGGGUACAGCAGUCUAGAAUAACCAGCAAUCAGACAGGCUGCUACCUGUCUGUCUGGCUGGUCGGUCUACAUUUUCAGAACUUCCCUUUCUGCUUGCAGACUUGGUGAAGCCACUUUUUCUUUUCUUUUUUAAAGGGACUCAAAUGUGGUUCAGCUCUAUCACUGGCAGGUGGAAACCUCUUUAUUGGCAGCAUGUGUAAGAGGCCAAGUGUAGUAGCUCAUCUUGGUUUUUAUACAUCUUGGAUUCUGGAACAAAGAAGAAUUCCCCCCCUUACGCAAAACUGGUUGGAUUGUAGUUAAACUGUAUUUUAUAGUACACUUGUGCAACUGCAAUAAUGUCAGAAAUUCCACAAACGGGCAUAUAAUUACACUCUGGAGUUCAUCAUAUUCCACCUUAGCCUCUGAAACGUGGGGCUGUUGAACAGGUCAUUUUAUUUUCUUACACAUUUUUCACAAGAACAGAAAAACAAAUUUUUUCAAACAAAUUCUAAGCAGUUGUACAGCCGUGCCUCCUUCCUGUGAACUGUAAAAGGUGUAAAUGCCCAGACAGAAUUCUGUCCCGUCAAGAAAUCUGCAUACACAGUGGCAAUAUGCAUCAACGGACUUCUCCAGCCAUUAUGAGUUUAUAAGUCUUAUGUCUUUAGGAAAAAAAAAAAGAAAAACGGAAACUGCGCUACAGUUUAACCUUUUGAACCCAUUGUUUCAACUGUGACCGCCUCAGGAUUUUCUAUGUAUAUAUUUUAUCAAACAGGACUGCAUUUCUUAGUCAAUUAUUUUUUUAUUUCUAAGAAAAUUCUUUACUGAAAGAAACAACAUUAAUGUGAGAUUGAACAAUACACCAUUUUGUACAGCAUCGACCUGUAUUUUGUGUUUUAUAUCUACAUGUGGCAGUAAGCUGUUUUAAAGACAUUUGGGGAUUUGAAGGACCGUUUUGGUCUGAUUUUAGUGUUGUUGGCUUCAGGCUUAUCCUUAUUUAAAGUUUUAUGAAUGAUUUCUUUUUUCUUUUUUGCGUGGUUCACUUGUAUAUUGGCCUCUGUAUUGUGUGAUCCUUCAAACCAGUGUGAUGCACUAGUAAACAUUUUCUUUUGAUGAA